AUGAAAAGAAUAGUAAACUUUUUUAGAGAGAAAUUGCAUGAAGCUCCUACAAAAAAACAACAACGAAUUAAAGAACAACACUCAAUUCAAGUAAAAGAUAUUGUUACUGGAUUAUGUGAUUCUUCAGUCUUAACACCAGAAAUCAUUAAAUUUAUUCCUAACAGACUUCAUUUACUUAUUCAGACACUUGGAGAUGAAUAUGGAGGAAGGCAGGAUGUAAAAGGAGAUUCAUUUUAUUAUGAUGCUUUAUACCUUGUAGCAGAUUUUGCAGCAUUACUAUGUUCUAGUCAAGAAGGAUUUUCUUAUGUUCCUGAUGUAGUGAAAAUAGACAAAGAUGAUUAUUAUCAUUCAGUAUUAAAUUUAGUUUGUGUUGAUGCAGCAAAUGCUAUCCAACCAAUAUUAAAUAGAUUUCAUUCAAUAGUUUUUACAUCAGGAACAUUAAGUCCAUUAAAAACAUAUAUCAAUAUUCUUGGGCUAAAGAAUGUUGUUGAAGAAAAACAAAUUAGAUCGCCAACAAGUGAUAUAGUGAGAAGAAUUUGUCCAUUAUUUGUAACAAAAGGAUUUGAUCGUAUUGCUAUCACUUCUCAAUUAGCAGACUCUAAGUAUGCUGGAGCACGAAGUGAUCCAUUAAUUCUUUCAUCUCAAUUUUUCUAUAGAGCUGAUCGUUUAAUUCUCCAUUCUUAUGGUAAAUUGAUUGUAGAAUUAUCUAAAACAGUACCAGAUGGUGUUUUAUGUUUCUUUCCAAGUUAUGCUUAUAUGAAUAUUUGUAUUUCUUAUUGGAAUGAGAUGAAAAUAUUUGAAUCAAUUGCUCAAAAUAAACUAAUAUUUAUUGAAUCAAAAAAUGCUUAUGAAACUUCUCUUGCUUUCCAAAAUUAUAAGUUAGCUUGUCAUACUGGUAAAGGUGCGGUAUUACUUUGUGUUACACGUGGUAGAUUAUCUGAAGGAAUAGAUUUUACAAAUCAUCUUGCUAGAGCUGUUUUAAUUAUAGGAGCUCCAUAUCUCCAGUCAAGUCCUAUCCCAAUAAAAGAAAGAGUUGAAUAUCUUAAUAAUAAAAAAAUUAUUUCAAAAGAUGAUUAUUUUACAUUUGACGCUAUGAGAACUUGUAAUCAGUGUCUAGGAAAAUGUCUAAGGGGAAAAAAUGAUUAUACAGUUGUGAUAUAUGCAGACAAAAGAUAUAAACUGAAUGAUCGUAAUGUCAAGGCAUCUAUGCCACAAUGGAUUCUUGACGCUAUCCAAAAAAGAUAUACUGACCUUUCUGCUGAUCAAAGUAUUGUAUUAGCAAAAGAAUUCUUAAUGAAAAUGAGUUAUUCAUUUGAUACUCAAUUCCCAAUUGAAGAGAUGAUUGGUAAAACAUUAUGGACAUUAGAUAAUAUUCGUAAAGAACAAUUAACAACACAAAAUUAA